AUGUUUCUUGGAACCAACCUGCAUGAUUGUGUUCUGGUCUUCUCAAGAGUCAGUUUAGUCCCCACGAUCCGCGCUCAUCUAGUGAACGCCGAUACACACGUUCUCAGGCAGAUCGCCGAGACGAUCGGCGAUGUGCUCGAGAAGCGGAAAGAACUACGUUUUGACAAGAUCCUUCAGGAGCCCCUGAGCUGUUUGAAAGUGACAGGCUUCCAGGAAUACCUUAUCAAGAAGCAUUUUCGGCAAGGCUUUAAAACUUACAGCCCUAUGUCUGAUAUUGAAGCUUCAAUUUUUGUCAAAAGGUUGUCAAAUAGCUUGGAGUACGAUCUGAAGAGGCGGAUGAGUGCUAUAGAACUCACGAAAUUUGCGCGGUUCAAAUCUUCGGACCCCUCUCGAAUGCGCAAACAGGUCCAGUCAUCAUGGCUUUAA